UAACUUUUAAUAUUGCACAGUGAGAUUGUACAGUUGGAUAUUUCCGAGAGAGAUAUAAGAUUGACAUAACAAUCAUGACCAUAACAAACAUAAACACGAUCAAAAGGAAGAAAAUGGGAUCGGGCGGUGACGAUCCGGAUAACAGCGAUAUCACAAAAGUUCCUAAUUACGGAUUAAAAGUACGAUUGAAUCAUGUGUAUCCGGAAAAGCGUUCUCAAAAUUACAGACCCAGUAUUCGGGUUAUUAUUAAGAUUUUCCCGUUGAUUUUCAGAUAUAUAUGGUAUUAUAUUAAAAGUUACUUUACUGGAAGAUCCAUUGUUAUGGACUUUGUUAAGGUUCAAACAUCUAAACAGUGUUACGGUGUUCCCUUGGGUGGAAUUGGUUGUGGUACAAUUGGAAGGGGCUACAGGGGUGAAUUUGUUAGAUUUCAAUUAAAACCAGGUAUUUAUGAAUGGAACACUGUAGAUGCCAAUCAAUUUAUUGUUACGAUAAAGGAUCAGCAUCAAGAAACUAUAUUUCACAGUCUGUUAUCAACAAAUAAAAAAACGAAACUUAAAGCUUGGACAAGUUCAAUUGAUGGGUCUAAAUGUCAUUACACAGGUCUAUAUCCAAGAUCAUGGACCAAUUAUGACCUCUCUGAAUAUGGAAUUAAACUUAAAUGCCGUCAAAUUAGCCCGGUCAUACCUCACAAUUAUAUGGACAGUUCACUUCCUUGUGGUGUCUUUGUUUGGGAUGUUGAAAAUGUCUGCAGCGAAGAACGAUACGUAACCAUCGCAUUUACUUUCAAAAAUGGCACUGGCACAAAGAGUCAAGACAAGGCCUCCACAUGCAGCUCUAAAGCUUUCAAAUACACAUAUAACAAUUGUUAUUCUCAAGGAGUUAUGCUCAAUCACACCAUUAAUAAAAUGCCUUGCACAUACAUACUUGCCGCUAAGUCCGACGAAAGCUCCGAUAUAUCUAAAUGUUUGUAUUUCGAUCCAAAUUCCACCGGCAUUGAACCCUGGAUUCAACUAAAGAACAAUGGAUGUUUCAAUAAGUUGAAUGACGACAGUCAUGGACAUGUGUUUGGUGAAAUGGCUGUUGGAAUUGCAAUUAAACUGACAGUUCCUGUGGGAGAAUCGAAAAAAUCUGAAAUGACACUAGUGUGGGAUAUGCCUACAGUAAAUUUCGGAAAGGCGGACAAACAGUAUAACAAGUUUUAUACGAAACAUUUUGGACCUUCACCUGGUUUGAAGAUUGUCUCAUACGCUUUUAAUAAUUAUUCCGAAUGGGAGAAGAAAAUAUAUGCCUGGCAGGCUCCAGUUUUAAACAACACGUCUCUUCCUGAUUGGUACAAAUCAGCUUUGUUUAAUGAAACUUAUAUAGUUAGUGACGGUGGAAGCGUUUGGUUCGAUUUAAAUGAGGAUGAGAGUCGUCAAUUGUCAGAUAAAGAUCCUAGGAAAACGUAUGGAAGAUUUGGUUACUUGGAAGGACACGAAUAUAAAAUGUACAAUACAUACGACGUGCAUUUUUACGCUUCACAUACUCUACAUAAGAACUGGCCAAUGCUUCAGAAAAGUUUGCAGUACGAUCUCAGAGAUUGCGUCGGAUUAGAGAUCCCAACGAAAAUGGAAAUGCUAUAUGAUGGUUCUAUGGUAGAAAGAAAAGUACCCAAUACAUGCCCUCACGAUAUCGGAGAUCCAGGUGAAGCCCCAUAUACAUUGCCCAAUUCUUACCCUAUUCAUGAUGUCAGCCAUUGGCGGGACCUUAACACAAAAUUCGUAUUGCAAACAUACAGGGAUGCAGUGGUUACCGAAACGGGAGAAGUAGAUCUUAACCUCAUGUCAGAUAUGUAUUUAGCGUGUUAUAAGGCCAUGCAUUCGUUACAACAAUUUGAUGUGGAUAAUGAUGGUUUAAUUGAGAACAGUGGUCAUCCUGAUCAAACUUUUGACGUGUGGACUAUGACUGGAGCUAGUGCAUACUGCGGCGGAUUAUGGUUGGCUGCUUUGUAUGUCAUGACGGAAAUGGCAAGUAAAUUGGGCAAGGACGAAGAUCGAGACAUGUUCCAGACCUUGCUGACAAAGGGAAAAGAUAGUUUCCACAAGAAACUAUGGAACGGCCAGUAUUAUAACUUCGACUGUUCUGAGAACGAAGCGAACUCAAUAAUGGCGGAUCAACUAUGUGCCCAAUGGUACUUGCGCUGUUGUGGAGUUAAUGACUAUCCUAUUUUCCCCAAAGAAAAUGUUUUGCAAGCUUUGAAAACUAUCUAUAAGUACAACGUUCAGUCAUUUUGUAAUGGGAACUUGGGAGCGGUUAAUGGAUUUUUGAACGGCGACGUCGAUACUUUUGCUGUGCAAAGUGAGGAAGUUUGGACUGGCGUUACCUACGCUCUGUCGGCUCAUUUGAUUUUUGAGGGUUUUGUGGAAGAAGGGUUUAAAACUGCAGGAGGAAUGUAUCAGUCAAUGAGAGAUAGUUUUGGGCUCGCCUUUGACACUCCAGAGGCUUUGUAUGCAAAGAAAUAUUACAGGUCAAUAGGUUAUAUGAGACCUCUGAGUAUAUGGUCAAUGCAAAUAGCGAUUGAACAUAUGCUGAACCAAAGGAAAAUGUAGAUUUUAGUAUGCAUCAAGUUACAUUUUACAUAUUAUGUACACAUUUUGUAACAAAUUUGCAAUUAAUAUUGUAUGAAAAACGUUUUAUAACUAAUAUUUGUUAUGUACUCACAAAUAGGAUGUAAUAAUUACAAUAAAAUAAUUCAAAAUA